CACAUGACUGCAAAUCCUCGGCGAGAUGCAAAGUCAGGCGUGUAGGUGAGAAAGUAAGUUUGUGGAAAAACGUUUAGUUACACUUGUGACACUUUGACUGGAUUUUCACCACCUGGCCAAGUGCCCGAUUGUCAUUGCCAAUCCCCGAAAAAGAAAAUCAGACGCAUACAAGUCCACACAUCCAAGUUGAAACUGCUUCAUGUGUGACAUGUGCCCGUUAGCUUGAGGACAGUAUAAAGACAGAUGGCAGGAGUUUCCUGUCUGCAUUUCAGUGUUGACGCUUUGCUUUUGUUGCCUGCACCUGGCCGCUUGCAAGAGCGCCUGAUGUCAUGCAAACAGUCAGUCCACGGUGUUAUUGUGGGAAGCAACGUAGCGGCCAUCUCGGCACAGGCCCACCUUUCCGUGCGCUCCGACAGAAGGCAGCCGGCCUUUUAUUGCCAAGCAAAGGUGGACAGACAGACAAAUGUUUAGAGUGGAACCGGCGGACGGUGAGUCAGACGGGGGUGAUGUUUGGAUCUCGUGUUCGCUACCUCCAAGGAAGACGAUGCGGUGGUCCAAAGUCAGCUGGCCCCAAAAAAAACUAGGGUGCGCUCUUUUUUUGGCAGAACCGGCCUAUACGAUGUAAAUGCUAGAUAAAGAAUGAAAUAAAUGCCAGCACGGGCCUAUGCUUCGUGUUCCUAGUCUCAACACUUGAUCGCCACAACCUCCUGUUGCUAUGGAAACUCUUACUAUAUGCUUUUUGGAUAGAUUUUCUUGGCAUGGUCCUGCUCCCAUCUUGUACACUGAUGUGAGCCCACUGCCAAAACAUUUGCAACUCACUUUUCAUGCACUUCUGUGGAAGCAGGCUGAAGGUCCGGUCCGUUUUGGGGUGUCGCCGUUUACACUGUAUGAAUCGAGCCAGAUGUACAACUUCAGAAAGUCGGCUGUCUUAAUGCUAACACACGACGCAAAAGCUAACAAAGCCAGCAUCGAUGGUUUCGCCCUUUAGUGUCCAUGUAGUGGUAUGGCCUUUAUCCUCAGCGUGUAGAUGACAACCGGUGGACAGUGACGGUCAACCCAUACGCAACGUAUGCAACCUGCAGUACCUUCGUUGUGAAAUAUAAAGCCAAAAACUCAAUGUAUUUCAAUGUAAACGUUGCCAUGGAGACGGUGCUCGCCCAGCCAGGAUGUGGCCUGCCCGUGCCAGCACCGAGGGUGGGUAGCGCUCGGAGGGAGGAGAAGGAGCGCAAAUAUAAAAGACGGCAGGAGAUGCUCCAUCCAGUCAUCGAUUCAACCCUCCUCCGUCAUGUGGUGGCCGACUCUUCUUCACGCUUCGCUGCUCGUCUGCCUCGCCAGGCAAACUCUGCAAAGGGGGCUUAAAGCUCAGGGCGUGUCUUGGAGGAGGAUCAUGCCAGCCAGAGGUGUCGGCAUCGGAACCAAAGGCGUGAAUGGGCCCCACGGAGCACUGGGGGGCAGAUAUGUCAACAAACCAUUGAAGGCUGGAAUUGGCCAUUAUCCCGUUCACAGUUCACUGGGUGUUGGGGGCUACCAACCUCUUGGACGAGGGCUUGCACCUGGCCGAGUUCCUGCCUACGGAAACCACGGACUCUAUGGUGGCAAUCAUGGUGCGGGCUUGCCAAUGGGGCUGGCACCCUCGAACGGCCUGGGCUUGGGCCACGGAGGCAAACACGCUUAUGGUAUCGGUCCUGUUCCGGGAUUUGCUCCUUACGCCGGUAUGGGCUACCCCGCCGUCCGACCAGGUGUUUCUGCGCCACAAUUGGGAGGAUUGGAGGAGGCCACCCAUGGCCGAGCCGCCCAGGAUCACAAGAGAGCAAAAACUGGAGAACUUGCCGUCUUGUUUGGAGGACCGGAAGAAGCUGCCAGGGCCAACAUGGGGACUGGAAUUGCCAAGAGUUUUGGACCUGAAGGGGUUUCAACUGGAAGUGGAGUCCAAAUCCUAGACCCCAAUACAAAGGUGUCGAACCUCGGACCCACCACAAGGGAUUUUAGUCAGGCCGCCGGAGGUGCUCUUGAUCCUCCGGUCCUCAAUCACGGAGCCAGCCACCCACAGGCUGUUGGUAAAGACAAACUCCAAAAAACAGCUUCUGCGGCUUCUCCGGCACAGAACGCCAGAGGCCACGCUUCUUCUCGUCCACAACGUCGGAAAAACAAAAACUGUGGCUCCCCAUUUUUACCAAACAAUCACCGUGAGCCAUCCGGUUCUGACAUGACGCAGAGAUUAGCGCCUAAUCUUGCUCCUCAAGUUCCAAGACCCGAUCAGUAUCAGCUUCUAUCGUCCCGAGACGGUCGCUUGCAAGCUCCCACAUCCAGACUUGUUUUAGCUCCCCAACAGAAGAGUCCAGAUGGGGCAAAUGGACAAAUCAGUGGCACUUUGGGCCAGCCAGUGUCAAAUCCUCAAGCACAGGAAGUGCAGACAAAUAUACCUUUGUCUCCAGAGACACGUUUAAGUCUUGCCCGGCCAGAGGAAGAAGGUUACGUUGGUGGUGCAGGCAACUAUCAUGGAGGAAACCCGGCCCCGGGGGCUUACGGACCCGGACAGGGAGGAUACCUGGGAGCAGCUGGGAAACUUGGAGUUCCGGCUGCUCUUGGCCAGGGAGGAUACACAAAAGGCCCUGCGGGUGUAUCGACAGGUUACGCCAACGGUGCAGGAAGAUACGCGGGUACUCUGGCCGGCAACGGCUUGGGUUAUGGAAACGGGUACGCCAACCCAUAUGGUGAUGCUCUGGGCACUGGAAGCUAUGCCGGCCAGCCGCAGGUACCGUAUGGAGGACUAGACGCCGGACUGGACCCAGCUGCCGGCAAAUAUGGGGGCGCACCACCCGCAGCAGCAUCUCAGGGCGCUUACGGCGGUGCUCCGGUUGCCCCCAGCAGACAUGAAGGAGAUGGCGGCUACCCGUACGCCGCCCAGCCCAUCGGCCUCAGCGGCGACGGCAGCAAAAGUGCCGGCAAACACGGUUCCACAUUUGGAGCUCCACAAGCAGGUUACCUUCCACACCAGCUAGGCCCGAGUCAAGAUGCGCUGGGCGCAAAAGCAGCCAAGUACGGUGCAGGAACUGGACCACUUGGAGGUGGAUACAAAGGUUAACUGAUGAAAUGACCUGAUGGCUUUCAAGUUGAUUGUUUCUCAUUCACUGAUUUGUAUGUUUUUUUUUUAAGUUCCUUAUAUUUUUGUAAUCUUUAUAUCGAACAGACCUUAAGGCUUGAAAGUGAACAUGCCGCAAUGAGUGGGAUGAUGUAUUUUAAAAUAAAUAUGGAAAACAGAA